AUGAUUCAAGACCAUUGGCCACCCAACAGUCCUGAUCUCAACUCAUUGGAAUACUGUAUUUGGGAUGAAUUUGUAAAGGUCAUCAAUUGGAAUGAAGUGACAUCUAAAACAACACUAAUCCAAGAAUUAAAAAAAGCUAUGAAAAAAAUUCGAAAAGAUGUUGUGUUUGAAAGUUGUAAUUCUUGGACGAAUCGAUUGUAUCGUAUAGCUCAACACGAUGGAGAUUAUUUACGAUAA